UAAAUUCCGUAUGGUGCUGAUCGUGUAUUGCAAACACUUAUUGCGUACACGUCAAAAUGGCCUUGAUUUGUUGCGAUUUAGCGACUAAUGUCAUUGUUGCAUGACACGCGCGAAUCGGCGGUUGUGUGCGGUUUAAUACUGCAGUAAAGGAUUUUAUCAGUCGGCACUGAGAGAGUGAGAGAAUCAAGUAGCAAAAGGUAGUGAGGCACCGAAAAUGGUAGUAAUAGGUUGUGUUCGAGCCUUCCUCCUCGGAUUUUCGUGCAUUAUCCUUGCAAAUUGUUGCAAUGGAGCGACUUCGGACAUUGAGUUGGACGCAAAAGCACAAUUGCUGCACAGGCUAGAUAGUUUGAAUCUUUUGCUGUAUACGUUUUUGUUAAUUCUGACAGUAUUAACUAUCUGGACAUUCAAACAUCGCCGCUUGAGGUUCCUCCAUGAAACAGGCCUUGCUGUCAUUUACGGUCUUAUAAUAGGAGCAAUAAUCCGCUAUGGAUUUAAAACGAAUAGUGAAAUUCUUCACAUGCCGGUUCAACCUAGCCCUUACAGCAAAUAUAAUGAGUCUGUACCACCGGACACCUUAUGGUUGCAUUUUCCCGAAGACAAAGGAGGAGGCGUGAAGAAGAAUAAAACAUUUGCUUAUAACUUCCGCGGGGAGAUUUUCAAACAGGACAAUGAAAUUGACCUGAAGGCGACUUUCGAUCCCGAGAUAUUUUUUAAUAUCAUCCUGCCGCCUAUAAUCUUCCACGCUGGUUACAGUUUGAAAAGGAAAUACUUCUUUCGCAAUUUGGGAGCUAUUUUAACAUACGCUUUGAUUGGCACAACGAUAUCAUCCUUCGUAAUUGGAAUUUUGAUGUAUGGGUUCAUACAACUGAUACCGCAUUUGGCCUCCUCAUUCACAUUUUUGGAUACUCUCUAUUUUGGGGCGCUCAUUUCUCCAACAGAUCCUCUAACAAUCAUUUCUAUCUUUAAUGAUCUUCACGUCGACGUUAAUCUUUACGCUUUAGUUUUUGGAGAAAGUGUUUUGAACGAUGCCGUUGCUAUUGUACUUAGCAGUUCCAUUCAGCACUAUCGUUUGCAAUCUGGAUCAGGUGGUUUCGAAACCAUCGCCUUCUUCCGAGCCCUAGGUGACUUUGCAGGAAUUUUUAGUUUAUCACUUUUUAUCGGCGCUACCAUGGGAUGCAUUACAGCAAUGCUCACAAAAUUCACAAGAGUCAGAGAUUUCCCACUCUUGGAAUCAGCGUUAUUUGUUCUCAUGUCUUAUAGUACCUUCCUCAUCGCUGAGGCUUCGGACCUCACUGGUGUCGUAGCCGUUUUGUUUUGCGGCAUUUGCCAAGCUCAUUAUACUUACAACAAUCUAAGUCCAGAUUCUCGGCAAAGGACGAAACAGCUCUUCGAGUUACUCAACUUUUUAGCGGAGAAUUUUAUUUUUAGCUACAUUGGUGUGUCGAUGUUCACGUUCCCCAAACAUCACUUCGAUCCUGGAUUCAUCUUUGCGGGAUUCUUUUGUGCAAUGUUAGGAAGAGCAGCUAACGUCUAUCCUCUGUCGUUCCUGAUGAACUUGGCGAGGAAACCGAAAAUAUCGCUUAAUUUCCAGCAUAUGCUUUUCUGUGCUGGGUUACGAGGAGCGAUGAGUUUUGCUCUGGCUAUCAGGAAUACUGUCUCGGAUGCAAGACAAGCUAUGCUAACUACUACUAGUCUUAUCGUCAUAUUGACGGUAAUUUUCCAGGGUGGAGCGACCACCCAGUUUUUAAGCUGGUUCAAAAUACCAGUUGGUGUAGAUGAAGAAGUAGAAGGUUUAUCGCAUAACGGCGUCAGAAGCUCCGGUGGCGAAGGUGGCUUUGGCGAUCUGGAUAUGCGACGGGAGAGAAGUCCCCCGUACAAUUCUAUGCAGGAUGGACCCUCGUCAGGACCUGGGUUGAAGCCAAACGAAAAAGCUCUCCUUGCGAGGGUUUGGGGUAAUUUUGAUACCCGGUUUAUGAAGCCCUUGUUAACGCAUUCGCGUCCUACACUUCUUGAAACCUUACCGGUUUGCUGUAGUCCUCUAGCUAGGAUUCUUACGACAACCCAACAAAUGACGCAGCAGGAUGACCUAGGGCGAAAAGCUGAUUCGGAUUCCGAUCUCUGCCUUGAUGAGCGCGAGGAGGAGAGACGAAGAACAAAUAGUAUGCAACCGCUGGGAACUGUGACAGGAGAAGUUGGUCUGGGACCACUACCACUACACACACGCGUCGCCCUGCCAGGUUUGAUUGGCCGACACUUAUAAUAUUAAUAAUCUCGAUAAUCGGCUUCCAUUAAUUGUCAAUCCAUAAACAUAAUUUGUAUUCUUCGAUCAAAAACCCUGGUAAUAUUGAAAACGCCAGAUUUUCAAGUAUCACUUUCUCUCAGAUUUUAACUUUUUUUGCUUGAAAAUUCAUUGAAAACUUGGCAAAAACAUCUAUUUCAAAAAUAUAAAUCAGGGUGGCCACUAUGUCGGGAAAUGAGAAUGAAUUUUAUUUUUCCUCGGAUUUUUUAAAAUUAUUUUUCACAGCACCGGUCCCCAUGGGAAAAAAAUAGGUAGUUCAAAAUUAUUUUUCCCAUAAAGUUCGACACUUAUUUCCCAUAAGAAAAAUAUACUUUUUUGCCAAUUUUAAUCAGAAUUUAAAUAAAAAUUGCUUUUAAUACACAAAAUACUACAUUUUACAGAUAAUCAGAUGUUUAAAUAAGUAUUUUAAACAUUAAAUUAUUGUUUAUAGCAAUUUUGUUUUAGAAUA